AAACAAACAUCUAACGUUACCGGGCUUGCUGUGUGGAGCUGGAAUUCGUAAGACGAAAUUGAAUUCAAAGCUGUUCGCCAUUACCAAGAGAACUAAAAUUCAGGUCAUCGGUCAAUGAGAUAUUAGAAAACAACUCCAAAUAUAAUAUGGCAUCAGCGAGAAUCGGUCAAAUGCAUGGGAGCCCCAAGACGCUGCAUCAGACGAGUUCAGAGGUCACCAAGAUUCACAGACCUGCUUCAUUAGUGGCACCACACAUGGUGCCAUCGUCGCUGACCUCUCAACCAGGGGUCAAGUCCAGACACACGCGUGGACAUAGCCUUGGUCAAAUCUCUUCACCUGUAGGAUAUCCUCCCGGGAUGGGGAGGGAUUUCCGAGGAGCUGGAAGCCACAGCGGAGUUGCCUGGAUGGGACCUCAGUAUGCCCGCAGUAGCCACAGCCUCGUACACCAGCCCUCUAAACAUAGCAAACAGCCCGCAGGUAGUGCCCCGAACAGGACAGCUAAAAACAAAACACAGGAGAAGUCUAAGCAUAAGACCGUUGUUGAUGGUGCCAUGGAAGCUGGGUGCAAGGAGCAUAGUUUCAUCACCAAUGCGUCGGAUAUAAGACAGAUGCAGAAUGGUCUUCUGAACCUCCUGGAGGAAUUCAACUCUGGCAAGCUACAGGCCUUUGAUGAGAGCUGUUCAUAUGAGAAGAUGAGCAACGUGAGAGACCUACAGGAAAAGCUGGCAAGACUCCAUUUUGAGAUGGACGAUCAGUUACAAGCUCAAGGAGUUGGAAGCAAAGAAGCCAUCACAUUGGCCAAUCAGAAUAUGGAUCACUUAUUAUCAAAUAGGAUACAGAGUGCAACAGGCUUAAGCUCGAGCUGCCCCUUCAUCAAUAGCAAUUAGCAUAUUCAAGGAUCAAAUGAAUUUUUCCUUGACUAGAUUUUUAUUCCAAUCAGACGUAGCUUACAUCCUGCAGGUGAAAACAGCGUGUUUCCACCGGAACCGCGUAUGUGAAGAAAAAUCAUCGCCAAUCCUUGUUCAUUUCCUUCUCUGAACCAUUAUCGUCCAUCCCAUCUAAGACUUCUGAAUCCAUCGCGAGAGAGGUUGAAUGGUGUUCAUGUUCUCGUGUUCAAGGUUUUAUCAUUUUUAAUAUUCUUUAUGCUGUCAUAUUUAUAGAACCAUGUUACUUUAUAUGUAAUAUCCAUUAUUUGAAAAAAAUAUUUUAAAAACAAUUUUUAAAGCUUGCACAACCGAUUAAGGGCAGGUCACGAGUGUGGCAUGCAUCUUUUACUCUGAAAAAUUGUACACAAGUCUGAAAAGUAAGACUAUCAUUUGAGGGGUGUAGAGGAGCUUUGAGUGAUGCCUAUAUUAUAUUUGUCUGGGCAUAUUGAAUAGGGUAAACCUUUAACAAACCUGUUUUGGGAGUCUAUUUUCCAUAGAAUUGGUUAACAAUGAUAUUAUUAUUCAAGUCAAUCACCAAUUUUUAUAAAGUCAUAUUUGAAGAUGCAUGCCACAUCAGGUUCUCGAUGUAUCCCUUUACUGAACCACGUUUAGUUGUUAGCCUUACAGAACAUCUCUGGAUCUCCAGAAUCGUGUAUUAGUCCAUCGGUUUUAGACAUAUUGUAGCCUUUAAAUAGCAAAUGACAAUUAAGGACAAAUGUGCAUUUUAUUGAUAUUCUGAACUGCACUGUAAUGCAUAUUGCUACAUGCACAUGAUUUCAUUCAUAUAACUGAUUGUUUUGACCAAUGGCAUUUCCAGGGUGUGCAAAUAACAGUUUUAAAUCUGCACAGAACUUAUUACUUUUGGUAUCAUUGACGCAGGCUUUGAUCAUGAUUUGCAUAUUCAGUAAAGCCUGUUUCUGAAAGAGUUUCUAUUAAAUGCAACUUCAAUCAGUCAGAAGCGUCAAUUCGGGACUUGCGUUUAAUUUUCUAAGUUGCGUUUAAAUGGAACUCUUUCUUCAACCUACUCUUGAACCCUGAAGCUCAAAAAUAAAAGAUCAUUUGCUAAUUGGUAUUAAAGAACAAUUCUGAUUUGUCACUGAUCAGGCUUAUCAACAAACUAUGUAUGUAACAAUGAUCAUGAUUGGCCAGCUUGGGAUUGAUUUUAACUGUUGUAAUAGUUACUGGGCCCAGAUUUAAAAUACAAACAUUAAAAUUAAUGGCCUGCCAUAGUUUAGUGCAUUUUUAGUUGGCCUUGGCCUAUGUGGAAACCACCCCCAUGUUUAUCAGGUAGCUCACAUGUAUACCACCUGUAUCCUUUCCUUGCCCUUGUGUAGAAUAGUUUGGUUGGUUUACACAAUAGAAUAUGAAUUGAGCAAUACAUAUUUAAAAAAAAAGAAACAUUCAACUAUUAAUUAUAAGAUUAUUAUACGGAAAUGAAGGUUAAAUUGAAGGGAUAGCCUGCUUGCUUGAGAUUAACCAUGAAUUGUCCCAACUGUUUUUUUUUCUCUGGGUUAGCUCAUGUAGCAUUGUGGAAUGACUUCGACCUCCAAUGAUAGCCUUGGUUUAGUUGACUAUGACAUUAAUUAUGAAGUUUUUUUUUGGGGGGGAAGCAUCCUACUCUGCCUUCUUAACACUUCUCAUAGAUCUGCUGCGUUCUGAUCUGAAUGCUCUGUAGGUUAAUAGCGGGUCUGAUUUUUUUUUUUAGUAUUGCUCUUGCGGCAUCUUGCAUAUUUGGUUAUCUGACUGCUUGUGUUACUGUAUUGUUCCAUAGCUUCUGCAAAUUUGAAAAAAAAUAGAAUAUGACACUAAUGAAAGAUAA